AUGUCUACCGCACAGGGGCCUAAAGAAGACACCGCUCAUCCUGUCACCCACCAUGAAGAUAUUAUUCCAGAUCACGAGCUUCAAGGCUGGGUUGGAUUGGCCGAAGAUGCACGGCACGCGACCGCAGAGGAGCACAGAUUGAGUUUCUCUGAUGCUGUCAAGUUGUAUCCCAAGGCAUGUAUGUGGACAAUGGUGGUCUCCCUAGUCGUGAUCCUUGACGGUUACGACACUGCCUUGAUCGGUUCUUUGUUUGGUUUCCCUGCUUUCCAGAAAAAAUUCGGCCACAAGACUAGCAAACCGGGCUCGUAUCAACUGGAGGCUAAGUGGCAGACUGCUCUUGGUCUUGCUAGCCCGCUAGGCAAUAUCGUCGGCAUUUACAUCAAUGCCUUCUUGACUGAGAGAUGGGGCCAUAAGAAAACAUGUUUGGGUACAUUGGCCUUCCUGACCGGGGUUCUUUUCAUUCCUUUCUUCGCAAAGAAUGUUCAAGUCCUCUUCGUUGGCGAGCUUCUCUGCGGUCUCGCAUGGGGAGUUUUUUGCACCCUUUCGCCUGCUUACGCCUCAGAAGUUGCGCCCGUCGUCCUCCGUUCCUAUCUCGAAACAUACGUUGUGCUCUGUUGGGGCAUUGGUCAGUUCGUCGCCACCGGUAUCUUGGACAGUCUCGUCCAUCGUACGGACGAAUGGGCCUGGCGCAUCCCCCUUGCUGUGCAGUGGGUUUGGCCCGUGAUUAUAGUUCCGGUCCUUACAUUUGCGCCCGAGUCCCCCUGGUGGCUGGUCCGCAAGGGUCGUAUUCCGGAGGCUGAGAAGUCUAUCAAGCGCCUUUCGUCAUCCCAAGAUCCGGAUCACGCCAAGAAGUCCGUUGCACUGAUGAUUCAAACUACCAAGCUAGAAAUGGCCAUGACCGAGGGAGCAUCAUUUGUUGAUUGCUUCCGUGGCAGCAAUGCCUGGCGUACGGAGAUUGGCUGCAUUGUCUGGACUUCUCAGGUUCUGUGUGGCUUUGCCAUCACAUCCUAUGCGACUUACUUCUACGAACAAGCUGGACUGGCUACUACCGAUGCAUACAAAAUGAGUGUUGGUCAGAGUGGUCUUCAUUUCCUUUGCACCUUGCUAUCUGUCUUCAUCACAGGAAACUACGGUCGUCGGCCCGUCCUGUUCGGUGGAUAUAUUGGCAUGGGCUUAUCUAUGCUGAUUCUGGGAAUCAUGGCAUGCGUACACCAGACUUCGGGCUUGGGUUAUGGAGAGUCUGCGAUGUAUCUCCUUUGGUAUGUAUUUUACGAGCUCACAAUCGGACCUCUCGCGUUCAUUAUCGUUGGCGAGAUCUCUUCCACCCGACUGCGCUCCAAGAGUAUUUCCCUCGCGCGAAAUGCCUACAACGUUGCAAACGUGUUCAGCUCCACUGUGGCACCGUAUACCCUGAAUCCAACUGAAGGCAACUGGAAAGGCAAGACAGCAUUCUUGGCUGCUGGUUUCACUAUUGUCAUUACGAUUUGGGCUUAUUUCCGCCUCCCGGAGUCCCAAGGACGCACCUAUGAGGAGCUUGACAUUUUAUUCUCGAAGAACCUUAAGGCCUGGGAGUUCAAAGAUGCACAAAUUGACGAUGAUGCUGCAGAGAAUAUUGCGAAGCAGGAGUAG